UUUCUCCUUUUUUUUUUAAAAAAAAAAAAAAAGAAUGUGGCGAUUCAACGAAGAUUUGCUUUUUCUAAUAUUUGAAAAAUUAAAAAAUGAUAAAAAAUCACUUUAUUCAUGUCUUUUAGUUAAUAGAACUUGGUGUGUAACAGCGGUGCCAAUUUUAUGGAGAAAUCCUGAUCAAUUUUGUGUGAGUAAUAAUUCAAAGAAUGUACUACUAUAUAACGUAAUACUUUUACAUUUAUCUGAAGAAUCAAGAGAAAUUUUGAAAAAUCAGGGAAUGGAUAAUCUUAUUACAGAGACAACAUAUCAUCGUCCUUUAUUUAAUUAUAUGAGUUUUUGGAAAUAUUUAAUAUUGCAUAUCCUAGAAGAUAUAAUUUCUUUGAAAAUGAUUGAAAAAUCAAAUGCAUCUAUUUUAAGAAACGAGAUAUUAAAAUUAUUUAUUAAUAAAAAUACAAAACUUAUUCAACUUUCAAUUCCACGUUAUUUUGAUUCUCAACUACAUCUUAUUCCAGAGGCUGAAUGUUGCUUAUCAGAACUUGAAAUCUUUAAUUGUGAUAUUAAAAUUGAUCAAAAUAUUUUAAAAGGAUUGGCUAAAAUAUGCAAAUCAAUUAAAAAAAUUACAUUAUAUGUUACUUCCUAUGAUAGUACUGAUAAUUAUGGGAUCUUUAAUUUAAUUGAAGUACAAAAAAAUUUAAAUGAAUUCUAUUUAUUCAAUAAUAUAUUUCCUAAACACGAACAAUUUUAUAAAACUCUUGAAGAAUCAUUAAUUAAACAUGCAGAUACUGUCCAACAUUUAAGAAUUGGUUGGAAUCCUAAUACAAGAUUUCUUUCGUUCUUUGUGAACUUAGUAUAUUUAGAAAUCCAGAAACUAAAAUUCAUAAAUUGGUAUGAUCCAAUUGCAAAUAAUUCAAAGAAUUUGUCGUUACCUAAUUUAAAAAUUUUAAAGGUUUAUUAUAUUCCAUUGAUUACUACAGUAAAUUUAAUUGAAAACACAACAGGAAAUCUUUCUGAAAUUAGUAUACAUUGUGAUAAUGACACAUAUUACGUUGAUUAUAAAAUACUUAUUCAAACAAUUUAUCAAAAUUGUCCAAAUAUUAGGUAUCUUAAAUUAUCAUUAGAUAGAAAUUUAUCGAUUCCAGAAUUUGAAAAUUUAUUAAUUAAUUGUCAAUUUUUAAAUGGAUUAAUUAUUAACGUGUGCAAAGAUUAUGAAUUUAGUUGGGAUAAGUUAUUUCAAGUAUUAGCCAAAUCUUCACCAAUUAGUUUAUUUAAAUUUAAAUUUUAUUCUAAGGUAUUUAAAUUGAAAGAUAUAGAAUCAUUUUUUUCUAGUUGGAAAAAUAGGAAUCCUAUAUUGUUAAGAAUAAAUGAUUCCAGAAUAAAAGUGGAUCAGAAAUUGGUAAAUUUAACCGAAGAAUAUAAAGCGAAAGGAGUGAUUAAAAAGUAUUCCUUUGGUUAUGGAAUGGAUCUUAUUGAAGAUUUUGAAUGGAUUUAAAAGAAAUCAGUAACGUAUCGCACCGUAAGAUUUUAUAAAUCAAAUUCAAAAUUUUUGUGGGGCAACUUAGUAGUCAGCUGUUUAUACAGAUUUUCCUCUAGAUUCUUGUAUGAUUUUCAUAAUUCACUACAUUUACAGUAUUUAUAAAUAAGA